AAGCAAGUAUGUGAAUGUUUUGUGUUCAAAAACAACUAUCUUUGCCAUAAACGCAGAAGGGGAAUUUACCCAACUCCACGUCUCCUCGUUAAAAAUUAUAAUCUCAGAGGAGACAGAUAGGAAAAAUUAAACUCCUUGGCUUUGCUCGCUUGCUAUAAUUAUUAUAAUCUACACAAACACACAUACACAGAGAAAAAUCACAGAGAAAAUCGGAGACGACACCAAACUUGAAAAAGAAAAAAACAAAAAAAAAAAAAAAAAAAGGAAAAAGCCUCUCCUCCGUGUCGGUUUAAAAGUUUAUUUUACAAAAAAUUCCUUUUUCUUCCACGCAAUCGAAUACCCAGUAACCCAAACCCCUCUCCAUCGUCUUUUCGUUUCCUCUGCCUUUUUCUAUUUUAUUUAUAAAAAAAAAAAAAAAAAAAAACAUUACAUUACUCAGAAAUUUAAUUUAAUAUCCUUUUUCAACCUUCUCGUUGUUAUUUCUUUUUGUUCCUUUGGUGUUUCUUCAACCCUUGUUUGUUGUUGCGCAGCAUAUACAAUUUAGUGAUUUCGACUAGUCUUUGUUGGCUGCUCCUCUUGACUCCUAUUCUUUGCUGCAGGGAUUUCUUUGCAGAGUAUAUUAAAGGACGUCCAAUUCAUUGUCGUGGAUUGACUUGAUCAUGAUAUUGGUUUAUUCUUAGCAAUGAUUGCUGCAAUUGAUGACUAGGGAAUGGACUGGAUGUAUUUGCCCACUGUCAAUCUUUGUGAAUGAUGUUCAGUGGGUCAAACGCUGCAAAUUCUCGCAACAUAUUUAAGUGGAAGUGGCAUGGUGAAUCUUCCUUGACUGCAGGAUUGCUUAACGAUGUACCUCCAGAGAUUGAAUUAUCUGAUUACAGAAGGGUACCAAGUCCUGGUAGUGAGAGCCCUUCAGGGCUUCUUAAUGGUGAGAGUUUGAAUGUGGAACCAAUUGUGGAUUUGGACCUAUUCUUUGAAAGGCUCUACAGCUACUAUUGUGAGAAAGGGCUCUGGUGUAUCAUUAUAAAAUGGAUUGUUGAGCUUCUCAGCCUGGGUUUUACCAUAUGUUUCUCAGGAUUUUUCUUAUUAUAUGUUGAUUGGAAUGGUCUUCGUAAUGCUAAGUGUGGGAUGGAUGCGGUUGAAUCUGGAAUUAAGCCCUGUGAUCUUGCUAAAGAAGCUCUUCAUCAGCACCCAUUAACCCCUCUAACACUUUCAAAGGCUAUUAUUGUUGGAUAUUUGGGUAUAUUUUCCAUUUAUUGGCUCUUUUGUUUUUUGAGGUUUUUUGCUCAGCUAAGAGUAACUCUUGGAAUCCGUCAUUUCUAUUAUAAUAGUCUUGAUGUUACAGAUAAUGAAAUUCAAACCAUACCAUGGGCAACGAUUCUUGAAAAGGUUGUCCAGCUACAAAGUUCGCGACAGCUCUGUGUGGUUAAGGAUCUUUCUGCUCAUGAUGUGGUGAUGCGAUUGAUGCGGAAGGAAAACUACUUGAUCGGAAUGCUUAACAAGGGAGUACUUGCAUUUCCAAUCUCAAAAUGGGUCCCUGGUGCUGGUCCUACUGUCAAAGCUGGUUCAAAGGGGAAGCGCCAUCGUUUGAUACUGACUAAAACCCUUGAGUGGACCUUAAAUUGGUGCAUACUACAGAGCAUGUUUGAUAGGAACUUUUGUAUCAGAAUGGAUUUCAUAUCAAAUCCACGAACCUUAAAGAAAAGGCUGAUGGUGGUUGGUCUUGCAAUGCUUCUACUUUCACCGUUUAUUGUAAUUUUCAUGCUGGUAUAUCUCUUCCUUAGGCAUGCUGAACAAUUUUAUAAUCAUCCUGGUAUGGCAUCAUCACGAAGAUGGUCAAAUUUGUCUAAAUGGAUUUUUAGGGAGUUCAACGAGGUUGACCAUUUAUUCAAGCAUCGAAUCAAUAGCAGUGUGAUACAUGCUUCCGAUUAUUUGAAGCAGUUUCCUUCUCCUAUUAUUUCUAUAAUAACAAAGUUCAUCUCUUUUGUUUGUGGUGGCUUUGCUGCUAUUCUGAUCAUCAUUGCAUUUCUGGAUGAGUCACUGCUGGAGGGCCAUAUGUUUGGUCGCAACUUGUUUUGGUAUGGUGCUGUUUUUGGAGCUCUGACAGCUUUUAGCCGGGGUGCUAACACAGAUGAGCUUCUGGUCCUUGACCCAGAGGGUGCCAUGUCUAUGGUGGUCCAACAUACACAUUAUAUGCCAAAGACAUGGCGUCACAAAGAAAACACUGAGAUGGUUCGUCUAGAGUUCGAGACCUUGUUUCAGUAUACUGGAAUGAUGCUACUUGAGGAGAUGGCCUCAAUUUUUAUGACUCCGUACUUACUUUUGUUUGUUGUCCCAAAGCGGGUGGAUGACAUCUUGCAGUUUAUUGCCGAUUUUACAGUGAACGUGGAAGGUGUUGGUCAUGUUUGCAGCUUUAGUGUCUUUGAUUUUCAAAAACAUGGCAACAGCAAUUAUGGAUCACCUUACAAUGCAACUCGCACUGAAAGGAGUUCUCAGGGGAAAAUGGAGAAAUCCUUCUUAAGCUUUCAAAGUAGUUAUCCUUCAUGGGAGCCAAAUCCUCAGGGCAAGCGGUUCCUUCUGAAUCUUAGAACUUUCAGGGAGCAGAAGAUGCAGGGACAGCAAACCGGACUUGCAUAUUCUCCGGGAAGAAUGUGGCGUGGGAGCCCAAGUUUGAGAGGUCAUGCAGACAGAAUGAGUAUGUUGUCGAGAGAAAUGCCACAACAUUCUUCUGUGAGAGGACAUCAUUUGGAUUCUAUGUGGCUAAUUGAUGCAGAACAAAAGAAUCAUCCAUACCUUCUUGAUUGGUAUUACACCUCUCACGCACAUCAUACAACUAAUAACACGAGAGAAAUUCCAGAAGAAUCAUUUCAGGUGGCUGUGCAACAACCUGGAGAUUAUUGGACGCCAUCCAACUUGACACAAAAUGAUGCAAGAUUUGAAGGUUACUGGGGUCACCUUAAUGAGUAUCGAGCAGAGUCUAAUCUGGGGGCUUCUACAUCUGCACCUUUCUUCCGGGAGAGCGUACUUCAACACCAUGAUUCUGGUAAUCUAGUACACCCAACUAGAAGUCAUUGGUGGGCUAGAAGCGGCCCAAACACUGCACAGCCACAGGCUAGUUUUCUUGAGCCUCCUGACUUUAAUCGCCACGCUGCCGCAGAUAAUUAUUACGAAAACUACUCAGAUAGAAGCUUAGAGGAAGAGCAGCAGUUGGACUGGAGGAAUUCUCGGAAGCUGUCUCAAACUACUUACUUCGAUGACAUCGAGUCUGGUGAAUUUAAUCUUCAUUUUGAUGAUGUGUAUAGCAGACCCCCAGAAACUAGCAAAAUAAAUCCAGAGCACCCAAGCUUUGAGUGAGCAAUUUGUUUCCUCUUUAGUUUUUUCCAAGAGGUUGUUGCUUGUUUAGUAAUAUUGGGAAGCAUAUGGGUUUCCAAUACUGGAUUUUAAAUGUUAAUUCUAUUCUUAAGGAAACUCUGUAUUCUUUGUUGUA